GCUGGUACGAGGACAAUUGGUACGAAGUGAACUUGGAAAAUGAGGGCAUUACAUGCACCAAGGAGCAAAUGCGCAUCGCCGCCGAAGGACAUCUUACAACGGAAGCGCUUAUGUGGAAUCAGAACAAUCAAACGACAAUUUCCGGCAUGACAGCUGAGGAAUUUCGGCAACGACUGAAUCAUGCACUCAUCGAAGAAGGUUACGACAUCAAUCACGAUCGCUAUCCGGAGGGCUAUCAGGAGGCGCCGCUGGCCUACGACGCUGUCUGGAGUGUGGCACUAGCAUUCAAUAAGACAAUGGAACGCCUGAAGCAACGACAGAAAUCGUUACGCGAUUUCACCUAUACGGACAAGGAAAUUGCCGAUGAAAUUUAUGCAGCCAUGAAUUCUACACAAUUCCUUGGCAUAUCGGGUGUCGUUGCCUUCAGCUCGCAAGGCGAUCGUAUUGCCUUAACACAAAUCGAACAAAUGGCGAAUGGAAAAUAUGAAAAAUUGGGUUAUUACGACACACAAUUGGAUAAUUUAACCUGGUUAAAUAUGGAACAAUGGAGUGGAGGAAAGGUACCUCAGGAUCGCACAAUUGUACGACGCGUCUUACGCAAUGUAUCGCUGCCAUUAUUUGUCUGUAUGUGUACAAUUUCAAGUUGUGGUAUAUUAGUAGCCUUAGCACUUAUUGUAUUCAACAUAUGGAAUAAGCAUAGAAG